GUGAUGUCGAUACUCAUUGCUGCUUUUGCUACUGUGAUCGUCCUUCAGGAUCUCGUGUCACACUCGAAUGGUGAGAAAGACGCAUUUCUGUAUGACGUUUUUCCCCCAGAUUUUCAGUGGGGAUAUGCCUCGUCAAGUUAUCAGAUCGAAGGAGCCUGGAAAGAAGACGGUAAAGGAUUAAGCAUCUGGGACGAAUUCGUUCAUCGAAACCCAUCUCCAAUUAAUGAUGGGAGUAGUGGAGAUAUCGCCUGCGACUCGUAUCACAAAUAUCCUGAAGACGUUGCGCUACUCAAGUUUUUCGGGGCUGGAGUCUAUCGCUUCAGUUUAUCCUGGAGCAGAAUUCUUCCCACGGGACGGAUCGAUUACAUAAAUCCGGCAGGAAUCAGAUACUACAACGAUCUGAUUAACCUCCUCAUAGCGAAUAAUAUCGAACCGUUAAUUACCCUUCAUCAUUGGGACUUGCCCCAACCACUCAUGGAUAUCGGAGGUUGGCCAAUUGAUGAAGUUAUUCACCAUUUUACGAACUUUGCGCAUCUUGCAUUUAGCACGUAUGGAGAUCGUGUGAAGAAGUGGGUCACAUUUAAUGAACCAAACCUCAUGUGCGUCAACGGAUACUUUACAGGGGCAUAUGCACCAGGGCACGGAAACGUAGAAGAAACCAAACACUGUGUUCAUAACGUGAUUAAAGCUCACGCAAGGACCUAUCGCCUCUACGACAAGGUUUUUCGUCCCAUUCAAGGCGGGAAGAUAGGAAUGGGAUUGAUUUCGUAUUGGGUCGAGUCAAGGGAUUCAAGGAACCACAAUCACAAGAUACUUGCUGAAACUGCUCUUCAAAUUCAGUGGGGUUCCUUUGCUCACCCAAUUGUAUUCGGAAAGUAUCCGGCUGGAUAUAACGAGGCGAUUUACACACUUAACAAAAAACUUGGCCUGUCGUCACCACCGUUGGAAUUCACCUUAGCUGAAUCUGCAGAGAUAAGAGGCACAUAAAUUAUUUUAGCUCAAUCAUAAUUUUUUAAUGUUUUAAGUGUUUCAACUGCGGAUGCCACCCGUUAACGGUGAAAAGUUGGCUCAAUACUUUAUAAAGACUAUUUAUGUAGUCCACAAUUGCUAAAUUUGACGCACCGGGCAGAAUAAUUUUACAAAAAUCACGGCAUGUUGAUGUGCGUCAGUUGAAGUAUGCAACCAAUUGCAAGAAAUAAGCAAGAAAGUGGUUUCUUGCAGACAUUUUAACCUGCAUGAAACCUAAGGCGAAAAUUCCAAUCUAUAGUUAAUAGGGCGCGUGGCUAGAUGGUGCAUAUUUCUUGCACUUUUUUGCAGUUUUUUUUACAUCUUGCUUUGCAAGAAACGAAACACUGAUGUGUAUGUACAAAUUAAAUUGGUCAAAAACUUCUUAUAAUUUUUUUCCAUUCUCAAUUCAAUAGUAUUUAUUGUGUUAAUAGUAAUCCCCAUGUUUAGCAAAGUUCAAAGGUCGUAAAUAUCGAAAACAUGUCAGACGUGUCAAAUUUAACAGAUUUACAAUGGGCAAAAGUAGCACGCUAUCCAUCUUAUACCGUUGCCCGUAUGUAUGACCCACAUUUUCCACCUUGUGGUUACAUGCGUUUAUUCAAAUGUAUUUUGAUAGUCGUAUGCAUAUUUGUCAACUCUGCACAAUUGGUCAAAAUCCAUGAGCUACCUGUUCUACUAAUUUAUAGGAACCUGGGAUUUUUGGGGGCUUAAUCAGUACGGUACGUUCCUUAUUGAAUCAACGUCAACCGCAAAUGACGAUGAAGGACUAUCAGGCUUGUUUGGGAUAAAGUUUUCCACCCAUGAAACCUGGCCUAAUACAACGUUACCGGAAAACAAUGUCGUUCCCUGGGGUCUAAGAAAGCACCUGGGCUGGAUUAAAGAAAAGUAUGGAAAUCCAGAGAUUUACGUGACGGAAAAUGGAUACGCAGAGCCCAUGGGUGCCGAUCUUCGAGAUUACGACAGGGUGAAAUUUUACAGAGAUUACAUCAACGAGAUGCUAAAAUCUGUGAGCAUCGAUGGCGUCAAUGUGCGCAUGUACACGGCUUGGACGCUUCUCGAUGCGUUUGAAUGGAAGUUAGGAUAUACUGUCUCUUUUGGCGUGGUGGCGGUCAACUUUAGCGACCCAAGGAGACAACGGACCCCCAAAUUAUCGGCCUUUUGUCUCAAGCAAAUUUAUAAUGAUAAUGGAUUUCCUAAGUGAGAAUGGAUGUACAAAUAAAGAUGGAACGGCGUAAUUAAAUGUUUUUAUUAUAAAUGUA